AUGCCUUCCUCUCAUAUCCCCGGUAUUCCCUAUCUGCAGGGUCCGUCCGUCCUCGGUCGCCUGACCACUGCUUCUGCUUUCCUCCAGCUACCCCGAAGUCCUGUCAAGUUCAGACCAAACGAACGAUCGCGCGCUCUGCUAUCGACCCCUGCUUCGAGGCUUCCUCGUCGCAUCGCGCCUGCUGCACCUCGUCGUCGCCGUUUCCAAGCUGCUCCUGUUGCCAGUGCCAUUCCCUUCCCAUCACUUGCUAAGUUCAAGCCUCGCUCUUCUUCACCCCCUCGUUAUUGUGUUUGGACUACCCCUUCGAUGUCCAAGAAUGGCGUCACUCGUGCUCUUCAGAAUCGCAGAUUCAACCCUUCCAGCCCUGAACCAACUCGCAUUCCUGUUUCUGCUAGCAUCCGAUCUGCCCUUCCUGUCAUCCCCUGUCCACCCGCACCGCGCAAGAGGGUCGACUUUGUUAACCCAGUGACUGCUACAGUCCCAUCUAAUGUUGCCUCGCCUUCAAAGGUCAAAGCAUCGCGUCGUACCUUUUUCCGAAAUCCUGAACGCGUAGCCCGUGCUAAUUUGUAUGCUAGCCUCGUAGAAGCUCACAAAUCUAUCGUCAGCCGAAGUGCCAAACCGCUUCGAAGCAUCCUUGUACGACCGGAUUCGGACAAGGUGAGAGCGAAGAAGGGUGUUCGGUUCGGCUCGACUGAGAUUCGUGAAGUGGACUUCUGGAUUGACCGAAAGCGAAACGUCUUCCAAGACGGUGGCCUUUGGAAAAUGGGAAGACUACAAGGCUGGCGUGUCACUCCCCUCGAGACCCCGAACGAAGAUGGUGAAACUGAAAAAUAUAUGACUAUGUGGGGACACGAUCACAGUUCUGUGUACUAUCACCACCCAGAUGAGCCUGAAUGUACGCAUGAAGGUUGCCUCUGGCAAGCAAUUGCUCUCUUUGCCCGGUAUUGUAGGCGGAAGAAGAAGGACCUUGGCUGUGAAGGAGAAAAUCUCUUGCGUCAUUGGAGCGAGUACCGGCAGAGGGCUCGUGACGAAGGGUAUGAUCUUCUCUAA